UUCUCCCCCCACUCCACCCCCAAUGGAGCUUGGUUCACAGUAUGAAGGCAUCCUUUUAUUUAUAUUUCCAUAUCGACAUCCACCCUGCUCAUCGUAAGUUCCUCCGCUUCACAGUCAAACACUCUCAUGAUCAGUUCCGGGCCCUGCCCUUUGGGAUUGCUAAUGCCCCCCAUGUCUUCACAAAGGUCUUUGCCCUCAUGUCAGCUCAUAUUCUGUGUUCCCAUGCCUAAACAAUUGGCUCUUCAUGGCAACAUCCCAAGCCCAUCUCACCACUAUUCAAACCUUGCGCGCCCUCCUUGGCGCUCUAGGGGUUUGCAUCAAUGAGGAAAAGUCUAUCUUCACUCCUUCCUGUUCCCUCACCUUUAUAGAUGCUCGCCUGGAUGCUGUUGCGGCCUGCACGUACCGUCCCUCAGAAUGCUUCACUACUCUCACCACCCUUCUGCUGCCACCCAUGUACCCACAUCUGUCUUGCCUCUCCCUUCUGGGUCAUAUGGCGGCCUGCACCUCCAUUACCCCAUACACCUGUCUCCAUUUGUGCUGCCUCCAACUGUGGUUCCAGUUCAUCUACAACCUCACACAACAUGGCUGACCGUACCACCCCAACCUGGGUCCUUUCCACUUCACGGCCUGCUAUUUGAUGAGGCUCCUGCGUAGACAACACAUGUUCCUCUUCUGUUCGUGGCAUCCUUUCCCAGAGUCGCCACCCGUCUACUAGGGCAUGUUACCAAGCCAAAAGGUGCCGUUUUGUUGCCUGGGCACAGCACUGAUGGCUCCCCUUGGACUAUUUCCGUUCCUGCCAUUCUGGACUACCUCCUCCACCUCCAUCAGUUGGGCCUUGCCCACUCUUCUGUCCGUAUCCACCUGGAGGUGCUUAGUGCUUCGAUUUCUCCAUCUUUGCCCACCCGACUACCACCUCCUCUCUUUUGGAGCUUUCUCAACGCCUUCCCUGCCAUAUGAAAGCCUACUCUUCCCUGGGGACCUUAACCUCAUCCUCUGAGUCCUCACCAAACCACCAUUCGAGCCACUUGCAACAUGCUCCCUCGCCCACCUCUCCAUGAAGGUGGUGAUCUUAGCGGUCAUCACCUCUCUAAGGCGAGUUAGUGAACCUAGCAGCCAUGAUGGCAGGACCCCCCUUUACUGUUUUGCACAAGGACGAGGUCUCCCUUUUGUCUCCAUCCCAAAUUCCUCCCCAAAAUUGCUUCCCCAUUUCACCUCAACCAGUCUGUGCACCUCCCCACCUUCUACCCUAAACUGCAGGCCUCUCCCCAGGAAUGGGUUUUUUACACCCUGGAUGUCUGCCACGAAUUGGCUUUUACCUCCAGCAUAUCCAGUGUUUGUUUGUUUUUUUUUUUUGGGCCUCCCCACUGGCUUUUUAUCACUAUUGCUGCUGCAGCCAUGCCCUUUCGUUGCAAUGCCUCUUAAAAUGUAUUUCUUGUUGCAUCAUGGACUGCUAUACGCUCUCCCAUGUUUCUCUUCCCUCCCUUCCCCUGGGAGUCAUGGCCCACUCCACAGGGGCUCACGCUGCUACAUCCACCUUCCUGGUGGAUGUCCCAUGGCAUGACAUCAGUUGGGCUGCCACCUGGGCCUUGGUCUACACCUUUUCUGCUCAUUAUGCCAUAGCCUUUGCCACGUUAAUGGAUGCUGCGGUGGGCUAUGCUGUUCUUCAUACUAUCUCUUCUUCCAAGCCCUCACAGCCACCUCCUACCUGUGCACUACUCACUAUUCUCCCACGUUCGGAAUCCAUAUAGGGGCCACCACUCGAAGAGGAGGAGGUUACUUAGUAUAACUGGAGGUUCUUCAAGAUGUAUGGUCCCUAUCUGGAUUCCAAUGCCACUCUCUUCCCCCCCUACUCUGGGCUUCUUUGUUGCCAGGUAAGAGGGAACUGGAACGGUGUCAACCUGCACAACUUCUUAAAGCUUCGGAUGCAGUGGUCAACGAACACUACUAUGAACAGUUCUAGCUCCAGAACAUAGUGUGCCUGCACACCCACACUUAGAAUCCAGAUACAGACCGCACAUUGUGAAGAACCUCCAAUUACAGUAAGUAACCUUCUCUUCCCAAAGUGGGACAUGCCUUAUGCAGUGGGGGCAGACAACUAGCCAUGGGGUGGACAGACUUGUUAGUUGUUUUUUAGAGUCUCAGCUUUCAUUUAAAAAACAAGAUGUCUCUAGCUCUUAUGGUUGCAAAGAAAACCUUCAUAACAUGAUCCAAGUAUAACUGAUGCAGCAAAGUUUGUCCAAGUUCUCAGAGCCUGAAAGGAUAGAUCUAAACUAUAAAAUGUGCCAUUCAUUUCACCAGAGCUCCUGUUCUUCUUUAGGUGUUUGCUCAUGUUGAUUCCAUUCUAGGGGUGGGUGUGUGUGCGUGCGCGCGCGCCCACGUGCACAGUUAUUGGACGCUUUUGCCUCAGUAGUAUCCGGAGGGCUGGCUAUGGCAUCCCCUUGAGUGCCGCGCUCAUGCAUCAGUAUAUCAGGCGCCGCUGGCCCUACCCGCUCUGUUCCUUCUUACCGACCAUGGUGGUUAGUAGGAGCACCUCUUUCCUUUGCUUUGCAAGUGGUCAGCAUUUUUUUUUUCCUCCCCCCUACUUGAUCUUUAGUGAAUCAAGCUCAGGUUGCUUGUUUUGUUUUAUUUGCUUAGUAAUCUGCUUUGUUCUGGUUGCUGUCCCUUUAACCAUUUAAAAUCUGCCUUUUAGAGUUAAUAAAUUUAUUUUGUUAAACCCAGUUUGUGCAAUUUUUAACUGGGGGGGGCAAGAAGGUGUGCAUAACUCUCUUCACAUUGAGGAAGAGAGUGAAUUUUUGAGUUUGUGCUGUGCAGAUCUUUCUGUACAGUGGAAGACAGUAUUAUUCUGGGUUUAUUCCCCAAAAGGGAUGUGCACGUGACUUCAGAGCUGACUUCAGUCUGUGUCUACGCAGCUGGGUGUGGCCCUACCUGUGCUGGAGAGCCUAAUUCAGCAAAACAGGGAGAGGGAAUCCAGGCUGGUGGAGCAGGAUGAGGGGCUCAGUGAAACCACAGUACAUCAGGUGGCACCGCUGCAGGGGGUUCUAACCCGUCACACACAGCACCCAGUGCUUCGGCAUGUAGUGCACCUCCGGCACCAGGCUCUUCCCAGCAGUGGUCCCCUUCGCCAGUGCCCACGAAGAAGGCCAAGAAGAGGGACCUGGCACUGAGCAAACUGGAUAAAGGCACAUUGGGCAAAGGACACUGCUUGUCCCACCCACGCACACUGGAGAUGCAAAGGGGCUCUGCCCCGGGGAGUACCCUCUAAGGGACCCGUCACCAACUCCAGGGAGUGGUAGGGGAGCCAGUCUGAUGGUUCAGUCAAUGCUCUCUCAGCUCCUGGUGCCUGGAGAGCAACAAGCUCUCCUGCCGCAAUCAGCACUGCUUGCAACGAUGGACCCGGCUAAGUCUCCUCACAGAAGCAAGCCUGUCAUGAGGGCCUCCCAGAAGGUAAGUGAGCACCCCUGGUCUCCGGAGCCAAGGCAGAGCCAUGUGUUGCCACAAUGUUGGUCUCCAUGUCAGCCUAGGUCACCAGUUUGUCACUACAGGUCGCCAGCACCGCUUUACCGGUCUCUGCCUUGCUCAAAGACUCAUCUAGAGAGAGACACUGGUCGCCUUACAGUUGGCACCAAUCAUCUUUGUGAUGAUGAUCACCAUCACUGAGGCCUCAGGGAUGCUCCCCGACUCAGCAUCUCUCCCCCUACUCGGUAUUGGUUGGACCAUUCCAGGCACCAGGUCACUUGCAGCAAUGGUUAACUGCCAGACCCGGGCCUUGAUGACCCCGCCCUGAUCUCCGGAGGAAGAGGACUUCUCCAUCACAGAGGAAGUUCAGCCCCUACCUAGACAGCAGCGCAACUGGACUCUAGAAGGUGCAUCCGCUGUGGCAACGCUGACUUGGCAGCAGCGUCAGUGGCUGACACAAUGGUCCCAUUGGAAGGCCUGGGAUGCACCCGUUAUGCUGAUGCCCCAGUCCCACCAGUCCUUGGUUGCCACAUCGGCCAUACCUCAGUUGGCACCAAUGGCACUGGGCUCAGUGCAGGAUGUGCCGGUGGGCACUGUGGUGGAGGAGUAGGUGCCCACCCCGAGGCCUCCUUCCCCUGCCGGGGAAGAUGCCCUGGGCCGUCCCCCGAUAGUUCAGUCAUCCUCCUCCUCCUCCGGUGAGGUGGUGGCUGGGCCCUCCUGGACUAGCCCACCGGAUGACUUCAGAGAUCAUCAAGUGCUGCUCUGCUGGGUGGCCACCAACUUGGGCCUCAAGGUGGAGGAAAUGACGGAGCAAUCGGACACUUUAUUCAAUCUGCUCUCCGUGUUCGCCCCCGCUCAUGUCGCAUUCCCGGUCCUGAAUAUUGCCAAGACCAUCUGGCAAGCCCCAUCCUCCAUCCCACCCACUUCCAAGAGGACAGAAAAGUAUUUUGUCCCCGCAAAGGGAUUUGAAUACCUAUACAUCCACCCACCCCCGGAGUUGUUGGUCGUGUCGGCAGCCAACAAAAGGACAAAUGGGCUGGCCAGUUCCGUCCGAAAAAAUGAGGCCAAGAGACUGGACCUUUUUGGAUGCAAAAUUUAUUCCACGGCCAAUCUCCAGUUCCGAGUGGCAAACCACCAGGCCCUUUUGAGGCAUUAUAACUUGUGGGACUCCCUCAAGUUUAAGGACUCCAUGUCCCAGGAGGUGGCCCAAGAGUUUGGGGCUCUGGUGGAGGAAGAUACCACAGCGGCUCGGUGCUCCCUCCAGAUGGCUUGGGAUGCCGCCAAUUCAGCUGCCAGGGUGGUCACCUCAGUGGUGGUCAUGAGGCACAGUUCCUGGCUCCAGAAUGCUGGCCUAUCGUAGGAGAUGCAUGCUUCUAUUCAGGACCUCCCGUUUGAUGGAGCUGGGCUCUUCUUCAGCCAAAUGAAUGCAAGGAUGCAUGGCCUAAAGGAUGCUCAGGCCACCCUCCACUCACUGGGGAUGCAUGGUAGCCAUUCCGGCCACCCCCACUGCCAAGGCAGUGGUAGCCUCGGCAGGGACCUGCAAGGAGAAGGGACUCUGGUUUUAGUCACCACCACCCUUCAUCCUCCAACUCACCGGCACAGCCUGGCCCAGCAAAACACCAUGGGGGCCAGAAGUACUCGUUUUGAGGGUGCGCUUGAGAGUGAUGCAACAGUCACCUCCCUGGAUCUGUCCCACCUUUUCCUUGACUGUCUCUUCUGUUUGGCCUUGUUGAGGGUUACCUUGGACCAUUGGGUGUUAGACAUCAUGUCAUCAGGCUACACCAUCCAGUUUUCGGCCACCCCUCCCUCCCACCCUCCAUCUUUCCCAUCCCUCUUCAGGGACCCUUCUCACAAGCAGCUCCUUGUUCAGGAAAUAAACAAACUUCUUCAACUGGAAGCGGUGGAGGAAGUCCCUGAAGAAAUGGGGGGGGGGGGGGGCGGAAGGAUUCUAUUCCCACUAUUUCAUAAACCUAAAGGCAAAAGGGGGCCUACGUCCCAUUCUGGACCUGCGAUGGCUCAAUAAAUACCUCAAGAAGUUGAAGUUUUGCAUGGUAUCCAUUUCCUCCCUAGCUCUGGGAGACUGGUAUGCUGCUUGACUUGAGAGAUGCUUAUUUCCAUAUCUGUCUUCCCAGGACACAGGUGGUUCCUUUGUUUCAUGGUGGGCCAGCGCCAUUUCCAGUUUACAGCGGUCCUCUUUGGCCUAUGUCAGGGUUCCCUCCCCACUCUGAACUCUAGGGUACAGACGUGGGGACCCGCAUGAAAGACCCCUUAAGCUUAUUUCUACCAGCUUAGGUUAAAAACUUCCCCAAGGCACAAAUCUCUGUUUGUCCUUGGACUGAAGUAUGCUGCUACCACCAAGUGAUUUAACAAAGAACCAGGGAAAAGGACCACUUGGAGUUCCUCUUCCCCCAGCAAUCUCCCCAAUCCCUUACACCCCCUUUACUGGGGAGGCUUGAGAAUAAUAUCCUAACCAAUUGGUUACAAAGUGAUCAGAGACUCAAACCCCUGGGUCUUGGAACAAUGGAAAAAUCAAUCAGGUUCUUAAGAUUUUAUUUAAAAAAAAAAAAGGUAAAAAUCAUCUCUGUAAAAUCAGGAUGGAAAAUACUUUACAGGGUAUUCAGAUUCAAAACACAGAGGGUUCCCCUCUGGGAAAAACCUUAAAGUUGCAGAAAACAGGAAUAAACCUCCCCCUUAGCAUAGGGAAAAUUCACAAGUAAAACAAAAGAUAAACUAAGCCAGGCAAGGCGGAUUACCUAUACUGGUUGCAAUAUUGGAGACUUGGAUUAGGAUGGGUUGGAGAAGAUGGAUUUCUGUCUGGCCCCUCUCAGUCCCAAGAGAGAACAGCAACAGAAACAAAGCACCCAAAACACCCCCCCUCACCCCGAUUUGGAAGAAUCUUUUGUUCCCAUGGUGCCAACCAGGUUAUUUGAGCUUCUUUAACCCUUUACAGGUAAGGAGGAAUUUUAGGCUACCCUUAUGGUUAUGAUAGCCUAUCCUCGGCUCUGCAGGUCUUUACAAAAUGAAUGGCCCUAGUAGAUCCCAGGGGAUCUAUUCUUAUCUUGUCGAUUGGCUCAUCAAGCGCAGAUCAUGUAUAGAGCAGCCUCAAUCUGGUACGAGCCACGUAUCGCGACUUGGGCCUGUUAGUGAACGAAAAGAAGUCAACUCUUGUACCAGUGCAAUGGCUAGAGUUCAUCGGGGUGGUUCUCAACUCCAUGCGGGCAAGGGCAUUCCUCCUGGAGUCCUGCUUCUGAGACAUGUCAGAUGUAAUCUCUUGUGUGAGGGAUCAUCUGCUCACCACCGCCCGCACCUGCCUAAAGUUGUUAGGUCAUAUCUCAGCCUACACCAACAUGGUCUACCAUGCCUGGCUCCUUCUCUGCCUGCUGCAGGCAUGGUUGGCAUCAGUCUACAUCCCCAACAGGCACAACCUGGACCCGGUAAUCAAGGUGCCAGACCAUGUUUGGGCAUCCCUGGCAUGGUGACUGGACCCCGCAUCAGUCUUGCAGGGAGUUCCCUUCACAGCUCCGGCCCUGUCAUUGACUCUGGUGUCCGAUGCCUCAGACAUAAGCUGGGGGAGCCCACCUGGGAGGGUUCAGUACACAAGGCUGCUGGUCGGGGGUCAACCGCUCUCUCCACAUACGUGUCAGGGAGCCUCAGGGCGGUUCGCCUGGCCUUCCAGGCUUUUUGGUCCCAGCUGCAAGGCAAGGUGGUUCAAGUCCUGAUGGACAACACCUCCAUAAUGUUUUAUAUCAAGGAGGAGCCAGGUAAUAAGCCCUUUGCCGGGAAACCUUCCAGCUCUGUGACUUUUGUGUGCAGCAUGUCAUUUAUCUUGUGGCAGCGCACCUUCCUGGGACCAGGAACAUUUUGGCAGAUCACCUCAGCAGAACCUUCUCAUCUCGCCACGAGUGGUCUCUCCACUCCGAUGUGGUUGACCAAAUCUUCCGGAAGUGGGGGUCUCCCCAGGUAGACCUGUUUGCGACUUGCCAGAACAGGAAGUGCCACCUGUUCUGCUUGUUCUGGGGAAUAGACAGGGACUUCCUAUCGGACGCCUUUUUACUCCUGUGGUCUGGGGCUCUGAUGUACGCUUUCUUGCCAGUGUUGUUGCUCCACAAGGUCCUCAUGAAGGUCAAGCAGGACAAGGCCAAGGUCAUCCUGAUCGCCCUGGCUUGGCCUUGCCAGCACUGGUUCAGCGUGCGUGUGGACCUGUCAGUGUCGGACCUGAUCCGCUGCUCCGUUGGCCGGCUCUCCUGUCACAGAUCCUGUCACGGCUGUCUCCUGCAUUCGAACCUGGCAGCGCUGUACCUCACAGCUUGGUUGCUCCAUGGUUGACUACUGAGAAGCAGGAGUGCUUGGUUAGACUCCAGCAGGUCCUACUGGGAGGCAGAAAGCCCUCCACUAGAGCUACCUAUCUGGCUAAAUGGAAAAGCUUCAUGUGCUGGACUUUGGCCCGAGGGGUUGGGCCUGAGCAGGUCUUGCUGCAGCUGAUCCUGGACUACCUUGUACAUCUUCAGCUCCAAGCCUUGUCCAUUUCAUCCAUUAAGGUCUACUUGGCCGCUAUAUCAGCCUUUCACUCUCCAUUCCAGGGCAGAUCAGUCUUUGCCCAUGGCAUGAGGGUCCGGUUCUUAAAAGGUCUGGAGCGGCUCUACUCUCAAGUCUGGGAUCCUGUCCCUCCAUAGUACCUUAAUCUGGAACUCAAGCAGCUCAUGAAAGCAUCCUUCGAACCCUUGGUGUCCUGUUCUCUUCUGCUCUCCUGGAAGGUGUCAUUUCUGGUGGCGAUAACUUCUUCCCAAAGGGUUUCCGAGAUUAGGGCAUUCACAUUGGAAGCACUGUAUACUGUGUUCUUCAAGGAUAAGGUCCAGCAGCUGCCACACCCGGCUUUCCUGCCCAUGGUGGUUUUGCAAUUUCACACGAGCCAGGACAUAUUCUUGCCAGUCUUCUUUCCAAAGCCUUAUAAGUCUGAGGAGGAGUGUCGGUUGCACUCCCUGGAUGUUAGGAGAGUGCUAGCCUUCUACGUCGAAAGGACCACACUAUUUCACAAGUUGACUUAGUUCAUCACGGUGGCAGAUAGGAUGAAAGGCCAUUGAGUGUCCGCCCAGAGGAUUUUAUUUUGGAUCACUUCCUGCAUCCGUUUCUGCUAUGAUUGGGUGAAGGUGCCUCUGCCAGCAAUUGUCAUCUCCCACUCAACUAGAGCGCAGGCCUCGUCUGCUGCCUUCCUAGCCCAAGAGCCCUUCUAAAUAUCUGCAGGGCUAUCUGUUAGUCCAUUCACACAUUCAUGUCUCACUACAUGCUUACCCAACAAGCUCGAGAUGAUGCUUGCUUUGGUAGAGCAGUGCUGCAAGCUGCACGCGCCCACCUCCAUUAAUACUGCUUGUGAGUCACCUAGAAUGGAAUUGACAUGAGCAAGCACUUGAAGAAAGAAAAAUGGUUACCCACCUUUUCAUAACUAUUGUUCUUUGAGAUGUGUUGCUCAUGUACAUUCCAUUACCCACCCUCCUGCCCCUCUGUCAAAGUUGAUGGCAAGAAGGAACUGAGAGGGUGUAGGGCCAGUGGUGCCUGAUAUACCGACGCAUGAGACUGGCACUCAAGGGGGCGCCACAGCUGGCCUUCCAGAUACCAAUAAGGCAAAAGUCUCCAACUGUGCAUGUGGGCGAGCACACUCCUAGAAUGGAAUGGAUCUCGAAGAACAACACAUCUUGAACAACAGUUACAAAAAGGUGGGUAACUGUUUUUUUUUAUUUAGUCUCCUUGCUGACAAUCUCAGCAAAGAGAUUAAUGAGCCAUAAAGAGUGCAUGAAUAUCUUUCAUGUAGAGAUGGAGACUUUCAAAAAUACAAAUAGCGGUUUGCAUGCACCUUUGAAAAUCUCCCCUGGUGCCUUUAAAAUAGCAUUGUGGCACACUGAUGGGGCAGUGGAAAAGAUGCUUUCACAGCAGAUGCUCAUGCUGUUCCUGUUCUUUGGAUAAAUAUAGAGCUUUGUCUUCACAGCUGUCAAACCUGCCCUUAUACCAGCAGUACCUUCGCUUAAUAGAAAAGAGAGCAAAGUAAACCUGUUAUAUAAGUUAGACUAUUGAAGUAUGGUAUACAUUUGAGACAUGUUUAUUUGUGCAGAAGGUGUGCAAGAGGAUUACUGUGGAAAGAGCAGGAAGCAAGAGAUGGAUGGAGUGGUGCAGUUCCAAAAGUUCCAGGCUUUCCACUGUUCACCUGUAGAUAUGAUUUCCUUGGUCCUUGUUGAGACCUGAAGAGGCUCUCUCUUUUGUUGGCUGAUCUGUGAAGUUGUCUGACAAUGAAACUGGAUGCGGCCUUGUCUGCUGCCUUCUUGGCAGGAAGAGGAGUG